AUGUUGAGUUACUGCGAGCCAACAGGAAUGCGCUCCUACAUUUACAAUAAGAACUCUGUGAUUGGCUCGCAGGCAGAGCACGGUGGGAUGAGGACGUACUUCUUCAGUGCCGACACGCAGGAGGACAUGAAUGGUUGGAUCCGAGCCAUGAACCAGGCUGCUCUCAUGCAGAGUCAAGGCAUCAAGGGGGUCGCUUCAGGAAGCCUCCAGCGGCCGAGAGGAGGAGCCUCCGGAGGGGGAGGAUUCCGACUGAGCCAGGGGGACGAGGAGAGUACGUGUGGGAGGCUCCUGGAAGGCUCAGCCGAUCCAAGCCACGGCGGUAGAGGUGCAGGAGCUGACAGGCUCUCCCCAGACACUCUCCCUGGCCCCUCACACCCCAGGAAUGGCCAGGCCCACACAGUCCUCGCCACGCUGCCCCCUGAGCAGAAUGGGAACGUYGUGUAUAAGAGGGGCUUUGUCCCACGGACAGCCACAGAGAAGCAGGUGCAGAGGAAGACUGCUCUGGCUCAGGUGGAGCACUGGGUCAAAGUACAGAAGGGAGAUCCCAAGAGCAACACAUCUACUACUGAGUACGCCCUCCCCCUCCCUCGGCGGACGCCUCCCCUGCAGCCUAAGGCCGUGGUAGUAGAGGCCUACCAGACAUUGCCAAAGACCCCCAGACUCCCGUCUGGCGGGAGCUCCCCUUCGGCGCCCCGCAAUCUGCCCAGCGACUACAAAUACGCCCACGACCGGCUCAGCCACUUCCGCAUGUCCACCGAUGAGCGCAUGGCCACCAAGGAGGGCAUGGUAUGGCAGCUGUAUGAGUGGCAGCAGCGCCAGCAGUUCCGCCAUGGCAGCCCCACGGCACCCAUCUACACCGGGCCAGASUUCCUGGACACRGCCUCCUUCAGGGUCAYUGUGGAGMUGCCUCGCUCCAUCUCUGUGCCYCCUUCCCCCUGUGAAGUCCCCCCAUCUGUCCCCACCUUCAAACCACUGUCCCCCCACAGGCCACACACCCCCUCAGACAGGGUGACGGUCAGGCCGCUGGAUGAGGUGCCACCUGGGGAGUCCCCCACCGGCUCCAGUUCUCCUAGACGGGUGUUUUCUCAGCUCUCUAAGACUAGUCAGCUGGAGAGACGGUCAAUGCCAGCCAUGGGCUACAUCACACACACAGUCAGCGCACCAAGCUUGCAUGGGAAAAACGGUUUGAAGUGCUCUCUCUCUGUCCCUCCCUCUCUUCCUCUCCCUGGCCUGGGCCUGACCCUACUGCAGCCGGAGGAGCUGACCCUGCUGCUCAUUCAGCUCAGGAGUCACCAGGCCAAGAUGGCUGGUGUGCACGGCGACGCCCUCCACCACCUACAUCACAACGGCCUCCUAGGCCCCAGCCUGCAGGUCAGGCCCCUCAUAUCCUCCCCCUGCAGCCGCCCUGCUCUGCAGCCCCACUCCAAUGAUUGUGGAUCCCAGCCCCCAGCCAAAUCCCCAUCACCCGCAGCAGAUGAUACUUACAUGCAACUGAAGAAGGACCUGGAUUAUCUCGAUCUGAAGGUUACAGGGCGUGAAACUCUAAAAGACAGACCAUCGAGACCUGUUAAGAUAGCAGAGAGCGAUGUUGAUGUCAAGUUAAGUCGACUGUGUGAACAAGACAAGAUCCUUCAGGAGCUGGAAACAACGAUACGCACGCUCAAGGAAGACAAGGACAAGUUGGAGUCCGUGCUGGACGUGUCCCACCAGCAGAUGGAGCAGUACCGGGACCAGCCGGCCCACCAGGAGAAGAUAUCCUACCAGCAGAGACUACUGCAGGAGGACGUGGUGCACAUCAGAGCUGAGAUCUCCCAGGUGUCCACGGAGAUGGAGAAUGCGUGGAACGAGUACAGCAGCCUGGAGAGAGAUGUAGACUGGUUGAGGACAGCUCUGGGGGGCCAGAUGAACCGCAGUGGUCUCUCUCAGAAGGAGAAGUCCCAGAUCAAGAGGGAGUUGUGGAGGGUUGAAGACGUAAUAGCAGGCCUCAGCUCCAGCAAAGCCAACUACCAAGUCACCAUCUCCUCUGUGACCAACCCAGAGAGAAAACUUGUGCCUUCCGUGUCGCCAUCGUCAGUGCCUUCUCUCUCUGCCAGUCCCUCCCUGGGAGAGAUGAGACUGGCCCAGCAGCACAGCCCCCACCUCAGCCCCACAACCCCCACCACCACCCAGCACACCACCGCAGCCCUCCCCAUGUCUGUGCCAAAAUGGGCAGAUGAGGGCGCCCCUCCCCGACCACCACUACCUCAGCUAUACAGUCCUGAGGACCACGCCCCGGCCGUGCCUCCGCCGCCCAGGGAAACCAGCGUCAUCAGACACACGUCUGUACGAGGCCUCAAACGACAGUCUGACGAACGCAAGCGGGACAGGGAGAUCGGCCAAUACASCAACGRMGACAAYAAGGUGUGUGUUUGGAGAGAGCUAUGGAGCCGUGUGUCUGUGUGUCUGUGUGGUACUGAUAUCKGUCUCUGUGGGUGUCAGGUGGAGCUGCGCACCUUCCUGAGUGAACCUGAGCUUCUGGGAGUGGGAGGGUCUGGUCACAUGAGGAUGGGGGCCUUGGGGCAUGAUGGUGGCUACCAGACCCUGCCAAGCAGAGGGCCGGCUGGCUCCUCAUCCAGGCUAAAUCAGUCCACAAACAUCUCCUCAUAUGUUACCCUCAGAAGAGGAGCCUCAGCCGCCUCAGGCCUGAAGGAGAGACCAAAGAGUGCCUUGGAGCGUCUGUACUCUGGGGAUGUGCUGCAGCAGCAGAGCAGGGGUAGGAUGAGUGCUGAGGAGCAGCUGCAGAGGAUGAAGAGGCACCAGAAGGCUCUGGUCCGCCAGCGCAAGAGGACCCUGAGUCAAGGAGAACGCCAGGCCUCUUCAUCACGAGCCUCCUCCUCCUCCUCAUCAUCACAGCAACGCCCCCUUUCCGCAGACCUGGGCUCAUGGAGGCGAGAGCAGGAGUUUGACCUGCAGUUGCUGGAGCGGGCGGUGCAAGGGGAGGAGGCGCGGGGCGUGGUCCAGGGCGAGGAGUGUCCAGCAGAGCACAGUGAUAGACCUCGGUCCCAGUCAGACGAGUGGCUGACCCUCCGCUCUACAGCCAYGUCCACACUUACCCAGGAGGCGGACCUGGAGACGCUGGACUAUGACCURGACCUCAGCCGAGAGCUGGCCAAACCUCAGAAGGUGUUAAUCCCUGAGCGCUACAUAGACACAGAGCCUGAGGAACCUCUCAGCCCUCAGGAGGUGGAGGCUCGCCAUCGCAACAUGGAGCGCAUCAAGAACAUUCUGGCCAAGUCCAGUGUUCAGAUCCUGGCGGGGCCCUCUGUGGCGGUGGAUAAGCCAGAGGUGCUGGGUCUGGACUCAGCCCUACUGAAGCAGGAGAGGAUCAUCACCAUGUCUUACGCCCUGGCCUCAGAGGCCUCCCUCAAGAGCAAGCAGGUCGCAGGUAAUACCAACACACACAACUGGACACACACUCUGCAGUAAUACCAACACACACAACUGGACACACCACA